AUGUUAGAAGAAACUUCAGAAAUUCAUCUAAACAGACGUAAUAAUGAAAACAUGUGCCAUUCACGAUUAUUAUGCUUUCAACAUAUGAGCUCUGUGGCGAUGGCGAAGCCUCCAAAAGCCAUCAAUAAGGAAAGAAGUCUUUUACAUGUUUAUUCGACUGGUGAUGAUGGUGAGAGCAGCGAUUACAUAAAAAUUGUUGGCAUUUAG